AUUAUUAUUAUUUCCAGUGUGUAAUAAUGUGAUUUAUAAGUAGGUAAUAGGUAGAUAUAGAAGUAUUACUUAACAUGGUUCCGAACUGUUAUUUUUUCAAAUUUACAAUCUUAUAAUAAUCCUUGUUUAACUACGAUGAACUCUUUUCCACCUAGAACUGCUACGCUUUUGUACGAAUUGGACAAAAAGCUUAUGGUUCUUUUACGUGAUGGCAGAACACUUAUUGGAUACUUACGGAGUGUUGACCAAUACGCCAAUUUGUUGCUUCAACAAACAGUUGAGCGUAUACAUGUGGGCAAGAAAUUUGGUGAUAUACCCAGAGGUGUAUUUUUGGUGAGAGGAGAAAAUGUUGUAUUACUUGGAGAAAUAGACGCCUUAAAAGAGGCCGAUCAAAUGUUUGAAAGAGUAUCAAUUGGAGACAUUCUAGCGUUACAAAAACAAGAGCAAGAUGCCAAGAUUGAAAAAGCAAAAUCUAUUGAACGGUCUUUGAAAAGAAGAGGUAUGCGAUUUCCUCCUGACCUAGUUCAAGAUGAUUUCCUUUGAUUAACAUGAUAAAUUUGCUAAAUUAAACAAUCAACAAAUAGUGAUACUUUAAUGUUUUCCAAUUUUGUAGAUUUGUUAAUUAUUUUAACUUUGAAUUCUAACAAAUUAGUAACUAAAGGCUGUCAAAAUAUUUACAAUUAUAUUUUUUAUUUAAAUAAUAAGAAAAAAAAUUGUUAGUAUCUUUUAUUAAUUUACCUAAUAAUAAAAUAAAUAUGGUGAUUUUUGUAUUUUACG